CGCCGCCUCCUGAGCUUGCGCGUGGGCCGUGUGGCUCUGUGGGUCUGUCAAGAUGGCGUCCGGGCCGCCCCCUACCGCCGCCCAGGCCUACCGGCCCAACCGCUACGUCUCGCUGCCGGCCGAGCUCGACCCCGAUACCUACGACGCGUCGCCGGAGAAGCGCCGUGCUGAGGCCGAGCGCUUGGCUAUUCGCGCCCGCCUCAAGCGGCAGUACCAGCUGCAGCUCAACAACCCCAAGCCACCGGCCGUCAUCGAAGAUCCUGCCUUGCUCCGCUGGACCUAUGCAAGGACACACAACAUCUACCCUACUUUCCGCCCGACACCAAAGACGUCAUUUUUAGGAGCUGUUUAUGCUUUAGGCCCUCUCAUUUUCUGGGCUGUUGCCUUCAAAGUUGACAGGGACCGCAGAGAGAAGCUUAUCCAAGAAGGUAAAUAUGUGCGACCAUUCAGCGUAUUUUAGGUUCCUGGAACUGCAGUGCUGUUCAUGGGAUAUAAAUAAAAUUAGAUGUAUUGUG